AAAACCAAGAAGGUUGAUUUACCAAAUAUUUUUGAGACCACCACCCAAAUAGCCGAUUUUCUCCGUCAAAUCAAGCUAAGAAAAUUAGCCAUUAAUAAAAGCAAAAAGGAGAACAUCCUAAUUAAAACUCUCCGACCAGGAGAGGAAAUUAUUCUGGACUUUAAUAUUAUUGGUGAAGAUGAAAAAAGUGGUAUAUCAAAUGAAUAUUCAGCAGAAUCCGGAAAAUUUUUAACCGAGAAGGAAUACCUAGUAGAACCAAUAAUUGUUCACUAUUCUACGGAAAAAUCCUCGGAGAAGGAAACUUGUCUAAUCGAAAAAAUAAUAAUUAAACAACGUGAGGAGAAUGACUUAACCGGUUUGCUUACCCUCAAAGGAACUUGCAGUGAAGUCGAAAAAAUUACGGAAGCGGAAGUUGACGAGAUAAUUAUUACUUGUUGCGCUUUAACUAUUAAAUCUUAUGAAAUAAUUCCAACCACCGAAGCAACUUCUA